AUGUCGAUUUCUAAUGCUGCCGGUUAUGCAGAAGCCCAUUACCACCGGUGUUUGGAGCAUCUCAUCUUCCUAUACGUUUCCAACGAGCGGAAGUUUCUGAAGUUCGGUCUCGAUCCCACACGUGCUCGCACGAAGCGGCUGAAUGAGUGGUUGAAAUCACACGUCAAAAACGCCGAGUUCGCAUGCGACGUUGAGAAGUCGAUGACCCAAAUUGACGACUACAUCAAGACUCGCCGACCGCCAAGCAGUGAAGGCGGUAUUGCUCAAACCGCCAGACCUUUCGCGCUCCACAACUGGAAUGGGGAUAGCUACAUUGUGCCUUUUGACGAGCAGGUCACAGCGCUGCGGUUGCUACAUUGGAAUAUCGCCACCAGCUGGCACCCCAAGGACAUCAACUUCCUGGCUAGCCAGAACGUCGAGGAGAAAAACUGGUACCACGACUGGUCGCGCCUGGAGCCGGUCAGUGGUACCUGGGCCGAGUAUCAAGAGAGCCAUAGUAACUCACCACUCACUGACCUCGAAGACCCAGAUCGAGUAGCGAAGCCGUGGGUCUUGGUCGAGGAGGUGGCCUCUUCGAUCAGCGAUCCCGGCCCGGACAUACUGGGACUGCACGAAGCUGACCCUGAUAAGACGCACUGGAUGCAUACAGACCACGUGAAGAGAUUCAUGAUAGCGUUGGUCGACGGGAUCAUGAACAGCGGAACUUGGCGUUCGCUUGGUCUCUCCCCGGGCACUUCGGCAGACUUGCAGGUCAUCUUUGCCUUGAAAGUUUGGGAAAUUUUGAAAUACAGAGGCAUGCCAUCGAAUACUCUGAUGGACACGCUAUGGAACUACCGCUAG